CACGGUGUAUACUGAAUUCGUCACAAUGUAUGAUUCGUUUCUUAAACAGUAAGUUAUGAAGAAGUUUCCUCAGAGAUUUGUUGUCGUUAUCUUGGGAUUUUUCGGACUCCUUUUCUCGUUUUCUUCGAGGACAUGUUUUUCUUUAGUUAUGGUUUACGUUCUACGUAACAAUCUGUCUCAGACAAACUCUCUGUUUAAAGAGUGCACAGUCAAUGGCACCUCAUGGGAUCUUAUUCUACCAUGGAAUCCGUCCAUUACACAGUAUUUUAACACAGUGUUUUUUGCUGGCUAUUUCCUAACUCAGCUACCAGGAGGAUACCUUUCCGCUCGAUUUUCCUCCUCAAGAGUCUUUGGAAUUUCUCUCCUAGCAAGUGGUUCUCUAAUGAUUACUUUGUCCUUUGUGCUCAAAUACGGUACACCUAUUGUGUAUACUAUUCGCCUAACCCAGGGUCUUUUUGAGGGUAUGGCCAUACCUGCACUUAAUGGCGUUCUGUCGGCUUGGGCACUGACUUCAGAAAAAUCACGAAUGGUCACAUUCACCUAUUGUGGAGCCUAUCUCAGUCCCGCUGUGGCGUUCUUCAUUACUGGAGCAACAACUUGCUAUAUAAGCUGGCACUCCAGUUUUUACAUCUUUGGAGGACUGACUGUUUUAUUUUCCAUUAUAUGGUUUUUAGUUGUCCAUGAUAACCCUUUAUCAAAUAAAAAUCUGUCAGAAGAGGAACGGUCUCUAUUUGAGAUGGAUGGUCCCAUAGUGGAUGAAAGCUCAGAGGAAAAGGUUAAAAAUGUACCUUAUCGGAAGAUAUUGACAUCACUUUCUGUAACAGCCAUAUUUGUUGGAAAUUUCUGCCGGAACUGGAUUUUCUCACUGCAGGUCUCCCAACUUCCACAGUACUUCGCUGAUGCAUAUGGAAUGAAUGUCGCUAGUAUAGGAUUUUUAGCUGCCUUUCCAGAAGUUCUGAUGGCCAUUGUAGUUGUGAUAGGUGGUAUCUUCAUAGACAUGAUCAUAAAAACAGGAAAAGUCGGCACAACCGUCGCGAGAAAGAUUGCUCAGUGUUCUGGGUUUGGGAUUGAGUCCUUGUGUUUACUGAGUUUGGUCCUCGUAAGGGAUUUUAGACUGGCCACCGUAGUACUUUCCAUAGGAAUAGGUAUUAGUGGAAUGGCCAUAUCAGGUUAUCAAGUGAAUGCUCUGGAUUUGGCCCCUCAGUAUGCUCACAUUGUAACAGGAUUUACCCGGAUCAGCUGCAUUGGGUCCAUGUUUAGUAUAGCCGUGGCAGGCUUACUAAGAGAAAAGAAUAUUGAGUCUUGGCAGAAAAUAUUCCUUAUAGCUGGAACAAUUCAUUUGUCUGGAGUUAUUUACUAUGCAAUAUUUGCUUCUGGAGAAAUACAAAGCUGGGCGGAGACAACAAAUCUGACGUCAUCAGAUAGCACACUAAAAUUGACAUCACAUCCUGUAUAUGAGUAUGGGUCAAUUUCACAAAGAAAAGAUGAGAUAAAGGAAGAUAAAGGGUCUUAAUAAUUGUUUUCUGUGAUGAUCUUUGUGUACUUUUGUAUUAUUUUUCUUAUUGAUAGAAAUUUAUCCAUUAUAUGUUUACGAUAAUUCACAUUAUCGAUUUCGAUGGCCCAGUCA